GACGGAUUCUCCAGCCGACAGACUAAUGUAUGCUUGUAGCGUGCAGAACCGGCCACACGGACCGGACUGCUCCAUGAUACCCUUAUUACCAGAUAGUUACAAUGCCUUCGGACCGGAUUUAUUAUAGAUGAUAGUGUAAUGUUUGAACUAGAGCAAGAAGGGUUUCCUUUGGGGGAAAAAAGCUGAUUUUUCUUAUUGUUUUCCAUCUGGGAAAUGGCACAACAGCGAUUGUGCAGAUGUGCGCCGUCUACGCGCAUCUUCUGAAUGUGAGAUACUAGUUGAGUCGCGGGGACUGCACAAGAUGUGUAUCUCGAGAUUGAUGAGGUAGAUGGAGCAUCAUCUGAGUUGUUAUUGAUGUGAGUGAGCGGACCAAGCGGUGGCAGGACAGCUGCAACUGUAGGAAUCAUCAGCCGAUGUGCCGAGGGAGCGGUAGCGUGACAGCGGCCAGGCAGCGGUGGUGGUACCCGGGGACUAGCAGAGACAGCUGGAGGAAACUGUAUUAUCUGUUCUCUGGCUUUGCCCAUUGUGCGCUGCUUCACGGGCACUAUGGGUUGCGCUCCCAGCAUCCACGUCUCCCAAAGCGGCGUGAUCUACUGCCGCGAUUCGGACGAGUCGAACUCGCCGCACCAGACUACCACGAUCUCUCAGGGCACCGCGACCACCUUGCACGGCCUCUUUAUAAAAACUGACGCGGCGGACACUAUUCCCUCCGUGAUUGCGUACCAGAGCAGGCACACACGGAACAACUCCGAAAGGGAACGCAGGAAAAAUAGUGAUCACAUCUGCAUCGAAGCCGAGACCCAAACCAGCCACACCAGCGUUAAGGUAUCGGCUACAGAAGAAUGUAUCGGACCGAUGCGGCUCACACAGGAACCCACACAGGUGUUGCUGGUGUUUGCUAAGGAGGAUGGGCAGAGUGAUGCGUUUUGGUGGGCAUGUGACCGCGCUGGAUUCAGGUGCAAUAUUGCCCGUACACCUGAGUCUGCUGUUCAGUGCUUCCUGGACAAACACCACGAGAUCAUCAUCAUUGAUGCAAGACACUCACGCCAUUUGGAGGCUGAAUCAGUGUGCCGGUUGAUCCAAGCCACCAAGCCCUCAGAACACGUUGUUAUGCUAGCUGUGGUACCACAGAUCCCCCCAGACCAGGAGGAGACAUCUGUAUUGCCCCUUCUCUGUUCUGGUUUCUCCAGGAGGUUUAUCGAGAACACAAGUGUGUUGGCCUGCUAUAAUGAGCUAAUACAGCUUGAGCAUGGGGAGGUCCGCUCCCAGUUCAAACUCAGAGCCUGUAACUCUAUCUUCACAGCAUUAGAACAUUGCCAGGAAGCUGUAGAGAUCACUAGUGAGGAUCAUGUCAUACAGUAUGUAAACCCUGCAUUUGAACGUAUGAUGGGCUACCAUAAGGGGGAGCUGAUUGGUAAAGAGCUCACAGAGCUACCCAAGAGUGAAAAGAACCGUGCCGACUUGCUGGAGUCCAUCAACACCUGCAUCAAGAAGGGAAAGGAAUGGCAGGGGAUUUAUUACGCUAGGAGGAAGUCAGGAGACAGCAUCCAGCAGCAUGUCAAAAUCACCCCUGUGAUUGGCCAGGGAGGAAAGAUCCGCCAUUUUGUGGCCAUCAAGCGGCCACACCACGACAGCAACAGACAGGUCCAUAAGAUCAGUAGAGAUGAAAGAUGCUGUGGAGAAAAUAUACAGUCAGAAUGCAACUCCCUGCGUCAUAAGGACCGGAGAAAAGAGUCAGCGGACGUCAGGUCAAUCAGCUCACGUAGCAGUGAUGCUCCCAGUCUGCAAACCCGGAGGUAUUCGUCCAUGGCACGGAUACAUUCCAUGACAAUAGAGGCUCCCAUCACUAAGGUAAUAAACAUCAUAAACGCAGCACAAGAGAAUAGCCCAGUAACAGUUGCUGAGGCCUUGGAACGGGUAUUGGAGAUUCUGCGCACUACAGAGCUGUACUCCCCUCAGCUGGGCUCCAAGGAAGAUGACCCUCAUACCAACGACCUUGUGGGAGGACUGAUGAGCGAUGGACUUAGACGUCUCUCUGGAAACGAGUACGUUUUCUCCAAGAGCUCCUUCCAGAAUAUGAGUCAGAGUCAGAGUCAGUUGGCAGUGCCGGUGCCGCUCACGGACGUGCCUGCCUCCAUCGCUGAGAUCUUGAAUGAAGAGGAGCACUGGGACUUCAACAUCCUGGAGUUGGAGGCAGCCACACACAAGAGGCCACUCACAUUUCUGGGCCUGAAGAUCUUUGCUAAUUUUGGCAUGUGCGAGUUCCUGAACUGCUCAGAGGCUACGCUGCGCUCCUGGCUGCAGCUGAUGGAGGCUAACUACCACGCCUCCAACUCCUACCACAACUCCACCCAUGCCGCCGACGUGCUCCAUGCUACUGCCUACUUCCUGCGCAAGGACAAGGUCAAGGGCAGCCUGGACCAGCUAGAUGAGGUGGCAUCCCUGCUGGCGGCGGCCGUGCACGACGUGGACCACCCAGGCCGCACCAACUCCUUCCUGUGCAACGCGGGAAGCGAGCUGGCCAUCCUGUACAACGACACGGCCGUGCUAGAGAGUCACCAUGCCGCCCUCGCCUUCCAGCUCACUAGCCGAGACAGCAAGAGCAACAUCUUCAAGAACAUGGAGAGGAAUCAGUUUCGGACAUUGAGGCAGGCUAUUAUAGACAUGGUGCUGGCCACGGAGAUGACUCGUCAUUUUGAGCACGUGAAUAAGUUUGUGAACAGCAUCAACAAACCCAUGGCCGCAAUUGAAGAGUCUAGCUCUAAUAGCGACGGCAGUGAGCGCGAGGGUCCAGGAAAAAUGAGGAACUCACCAGAAAACCGGCUGCUGAUUAAGAGAAUGAUGAUCAAAUGCGCAGAUGUAGCAAACCCUUGCAGACCCCUGCAGCUUUGCAUCGAGUGGGCAGGCCGCAUCUCAGAGGAAUACUUCGCACAGACAGAUGAGGAGAAGAGACAGGGGCUACCUGUUGUCAUGCCUGUGUUUGACCGGAACACCUGCAGCAUUCCCAAAUCCCAGAUCUCCUUCAUCGACUACUUCAUCACAGACAUGUUUGAUGCUUGGGAUGCAUUUGCUGGUCUGCCAGGCUUAAUGGAGCACUUGUCGGAGAACUAUAAGUACUGGAAGACUCUGGAUGAGAUGAAAUGUAAAAGCCUUCGACCGCCUCCCCCUACCUGACCUUUUCUCCCGACACUGACUUUCCCUGCCCUCCUGAGGUCAAAGGCCAGAGGUCAGGCUGUGGAUCUGAAUGUAGCGCAUCUCCUAAUCAACCUCCCCACUGUGAUGGUAGAAAGCCAGCUGGACCUUAAAGGUUCCAACCCCAAACACAGGCCAGCAGCCCAGGGCACAACUUGGCAACAGUUACCCUGGCAACACUCCAGCCCUGACGACAAUCGCCGCGGUUACAAGGGUACAACAUGAAUGAAAGACAAAACGCACUUUAGCAGACCUCCUCUAGCUUUCUUACUUCAUUUUUUCCCCUUUUCUCAUCAUUCGCUCUCUCCCUUUGAGAUGCCGCUGGACUACAUUUUAUAAAUCAUUCUGUAACUGAUAGUAUAUUAUGCUUUUAUGAAUAGGACAUCACAGUUGGACUUAACAAACAUAAAUCGUAUAUAGAGAGAGAUAUUAUAACACACACUCAUGUGUGGGGGAUUGGACGAUGUACUCAGGAAGCAGGAAGUGUGAUGUGUGUGUGACUCUAGUUGGCUUCUGUCCUGAAGCCUGCAUGGUCAAAGUGGUCAAAGCAGGCCCCGUUCCUGACCUCUGACCUCAGUGGCAGAGAGGCCAGUCAAUGGUGGGCUUGUGACUCCUCAGAGAUAGCUGAUGUCUGUUACUCCUCAGUGAUAGCUGACGUUUGAAUUGCCAGUAGAUCAGAAGACAUUUAACCUGCGCUUUAUACCCGAGAAUCAAAUAUUUAUUUUUAAAUUUAAGCCAUUCCUCUCUUACAUUUCUAUGGAGAUUUUAAAAGAAUGAGAUGAUUAGUCUUGCUCCACAUGUUGUCAGGAUACUGAUGAACUUUUCUGUCCAUGCUAAGCACACAAGGCCAGGCAGGUGUGUGUGUGUGUGUGUGUGUUUGUGUGCGUGUGUGUGAGAGGGACGAGUAGCAGGCCUUGUGGCCGGGCCGAGGGUCCUGGGCAUCUCUCACACACCAGGGCCAGCGCAAUCUUCUGCUUCCAGUCGUCUUUACAGUUCAUAGCCUCCUGCGGAGCCCGUGCAAUACAGCACCUUCAUGGCUUCAAGUUAGGGUGUACCCCAGUUAUAUUACUCUUGACCCCCAGACUGCCUUCAAUUUGGUUUAAAAGAUCAUUAAGAGUAAUGUGGUAUCAUGCAGAGGGUGUUUAUGGGCCUUAAGGGGCCCCUGGUGUCCCAGGGGCCUCUGCCAGCUUCAGGGUCAUUUGGCUGAUCUUGGCAGCAGCCCACCUUUUCUGGGUCAAGUGUGGAUAUUGAUAAGUCCUGCCCACAUGCCACUCACCUGUGGAAGCCCUCUCAGGUCUAAAACACUGAGCUGGGUGUGGAAAGGAAAGACCUUAAUUUUUCCCCAGGGGUGUGUGGACAUUGUCGUCAGUCCCCAGGGAUGUGUGGACAUUGUCGUCAGUCCCCAGGUGUGUGUGGCCAUUGUCAUCAGUCCCCAGGGGUGUUUGGACAUUCUCAUCAUUUCCCAGGAGUGUGUGGACAUUGUCAUGAGUCCACAGGGGUGUUUGGACAUUCUCAUCAUUUCCCAGGAGUGUGUGGACAUUGUCAUGAGUCCACAGGGGUGUUUGGACAUUCUCAUCAUUUCCCAGGAGUGUGUGGACAUUGUCAUGAGUCCACAGGGGUGUGUGGACAUUGUCGUCAGUCCCCAGGAGUGUGUGGACAUUUUUAUCAGUCCCCAGAAGUGUAUGGACAUUGUCAUCAGUGCCCAGGAGUGUAUGGACAUUGUCAUCAGUGCCCAAGGGUUGUGUUCUGUCUGGGACAAAGGAGCAUUCCGGAAGUUUCAAUAUGAUGACAACUUGUUUUUCACGCUCUGUCUCUUACUCUCUCUGCCUCUCUUUCUCCCCAACAGGGCUCCAGGAAUGUGUAGAAUUAAUAAUGGAGAUAUCAAAGAUUACUGUAGAUGUCUGAGCACUUUCCAGAGAUACUGUAUUUAUGACACUUACUGUAUUGCGUGACGCUUGAUGGAGUGUGUGCUUGUGUGUGCUUGUGUGUGUGUGUGUGUGUGUGUGAGAGAGAGAGAUAGAGAGAGAAGGGGGGGGGGGCUAGAUUGUAUUUAUUUUUUUCACUCUGAACCUUAGUCUCCAUCAGUGAUUUGUUUGAAAAAUGUCCAUUACAUUUUCAAAACAGUGUCUCAUUAACACAACAGCAAACCAAGAACUAAUCGCUGACAUCACACUAUCCCCAGAUAGACAGAGAGAGAGAGAGAGAGUGUGUGUGUGUGUGUGCACGUGAGAUACAGAGAGACAAAUAGAAUUUUAACAACCUGAGCGUUUCUGAUUUCUUUCUGUAGUCGCCUCUGCAUACAUGUAACUUUGAAAUGUCCAUUUUCUUUUGUUUUUUUCUAAUAUACCAGUUGUUCUUUCUUGA